AUGUGCAGCACCAGUGAGUGUGACCUGGAAGACAUCCCCCUGGAGGAUGAUGACCCAAACAGCCUGGAGUUCAAAAUCCUGGCCUUCUAUGCCAAGCACCAUGUCUUCAAGAGCACGCCAGCUGUCUUCUCACCCAAGCUCUCCAGAACAAGAAGUUUGUCCCAGAAAGCCCUGGGGACUUGGUCAACUGAUUCCUGGACACAGGUACCAUUGCCUUGCAGAAGCUCCCCCUCCAGUGAAAAGCACUUAAGCUUUGGCAAGAAGAAGUCUUCCUGGAGAACAUUCUUCAGAGCGACAGAGAAGGAGGAAGGCCCACCGAGCUCCCCAAAGGAAGUCCGUACUCAGGGUGUUCAGGGCCCCUUCGUGGUACAGCGCCAGGGCCUCCAGAACCAGCACUGGGCCAGGUCUCUGUCCAAUGUGGAGCAGCGCCUAGAGGUUGAAGCUGUGGACCCCAAAGUUGCUUGUAUCGCUAACCGAGUGGCUGAAAUUGUUUGCUUGUGGCCACCACCAGAAGAUAGCCACAGCCAGGCAGGAGGCUGCAAGUUCAAAGAGAGUAUCCCAGAGGUUCUGUACUUCCAAUUUGAAGGCGCUAGAACUUGCGAUUCUAAGAAAGAUGGAGAAGAUGAAAUAAUAAGCAAAAUUGUCGAGCUGCUGAAAUACUCAGGGGAUCAGUUGGGAAGAGAGAUGAAGAAAGACAAGGCUUUGAUGAGCAGCUUCCAGGAUGGGCUGUCGUACUCAGUGUUCAAGACCAUCACAAACCUGUUCCUGAGGGAUGUAGACACCAGAGGAGAAUCAGAAGUCAAAGCUCAGGGCUUUAAGGCUGCCCUUGCAAUAGACGCCAUAGCCAAGCUCACAGCCAUAGACAACCACCCAAUGAAUAGGAUGCUGGGCUUUGGAACCAAGUACCUAAAAGAGUACUUCUCCCCCUGGAUCCAGCAGAAUGGUGGAUGGGAAAAAGUACUUGGGAUAUCACUUGAAGAAGUAGACUGA